AUGGAUUUUGUUCGCAAAUCGAUUUAUAUUUUGAAUCUGAUUUCUGCAACCAGCUCAGACUGUAAAGGAGAGGAGAGCACCCCUUUCUGUAGUUUUUCCGCAGACACUUAUCUAGAGGAUAAGUAUAAGCAGGUGUUCCUGGGGGGCGUGGAGAAGCACACCCAGUUCGGGAGGUACUUCGCGGGCAACCUGGCCUCGGGCGGGGCCGCCGGGGCCACCUCCCUCUGCUUCGUGUACCCCCUGGAUUUCGCCCGGACCCGGAUGGCGGCCGACGUGGGGAAGUCGGGCGCCGAGCGCCAGUUCAAGGGCCUGGGAGACUGCCUGGUGCAGAUCACCAAGUCGGACGGCAUCCGGGGCAUGUACCAGGGCUUCAACGUCUCCGUGCAAGGCAUCAUCAUCUACCGGGCAGCCUACUUCGGGGUGUACGACACGGCCAAAGGCAUGCUCCCCGACCCCAGGAACACCCACAUCUUCAUCAGCUGGAUGAUCGUUUUUCCUCUAGACACAGCUCAUAUGGUUAAGAGCUAUUUGAUGGAAUUGAACUGUUGCACAGUUUUAAAGUGA